UCGCUCCGGUAACGUUCAAAUCAUUCAAUCCCUGCAGUGUCAUCACCUGAGACUAUAACGCUCAAGAAUUCAAACUCGAGAACAGAAGACAACAUUAUGUAUGCUAAAUAUCGCGCAGCUUUCAUUCUUGUCGUGGUGAUAGUCAAUUUCGUGGACGCAACCGAAAAUUACGUGGAUUACGGAGAAGAAAUGGCGGAAAAAGCGCCCGCAGAGAAUAUCCAUGAGCUGUACAAGCUCUUGGUACAACGCAAUGCGCUCAACAACGGUUUCAGCGGCAUUCCGCUGGAACAACUGAUGAUUCGGAAAUCGCAGCGAUCGCCAGCGCUACGUCUUCGAUACGGUCGUUCUGGACCGCACAUCUCCGCAGGAGUUCUGCCGAAACCUCUAGGCGCGGCGGCUGCGGCGGGAUACGAUGACAACAAUUAAGCGGCGGAGCUGAUCCAAGGACAUCUUUCUGGUUUGUUUCUUCAUGAGAACGCGCGACCACCCUCUCGUGUAUAAUAUAAAUUAUGUAUAAUUUAUCGUCAUUGCGUCUUGAUCU